CUACCUACCCGGGCUAACUAGCUCCAGUAGCACUGGUAGCAACUUGAGAAGAGCCUCCGAGCCUUGUCAAAAUUAGCUGUCGUGCAACACAGUUCAGCCACUUUUAUGUCAACAAGGAGUUUACAGCGCUGCGCACAUCCUCUCUUUGAAAAAGUGGAGUUUUGGACUGUAAAACCGGGGUGUCCGUCUCUUUUGAGUAUAUCCUGCUAACACUGGCUUCCGCACUGUGACUCAUUGAGCAGUAGAGGGGCCCCCUCAGAACCAGGGCCCAAAACUGUAGCUCCAGGUUUCCCCAGCCUGUGUGUGUGAGAGCUUGUGUUGGGUCCUCUGGAGACUCCCAGCUUGUCCACCUAAGAUGUCCUCCAUCUUACCAUUCACCCCUCCUGUGGUGAAGAGGUUGUUGGGCUGGAAGAAGUCGACCAGUGGCCCAGGUGGAGCAGGUGGCGGAGAGCAGAACGGGCAAGAGGAGAAAUGGUGUGAGAAGGCUGUGAAGAGUUUAGUGAAGAAGUUGAAGAAGACAGGCCAGCUUGAUGAGCUGGAGAAAGCUAUUACCACACAGAACUGCAACACCAAGUGUGUCACCAUCCCCAGCAAUUGCUCUGAAAUAUGGGGACUGAGUACACCAAAUACGAUAGAACAGUGGGAUACAUCAGGCCUAUACAGCUACCCUGACCAAACCAGAUCCCUGGAUGGACGCCUUCAGGUUUCCCACAGAAAGGGGCUUCCCCAUGUUAUUUACUGCCGCUUGUGGCGAUGGCCAGACCUCCACAGCCACCAUGAGCUGCGAGCCAUUGAGGCCUGCGAGUAUGCCUUCCACCUCAAGAAGGAUGAGGUCUGCAUCAACCCCUACCACUAUCAGAGGGUGGAGACCCCAGUGCUGCCUCCUGUUCUUGUGCCAAGACACUCAGAAAUCCUGACAGAGCUACCGCCUCUGGACGACUACACUCAUUCCAUACCUGAGAACACAAACUUUCCUGCAGGAAUUGAACCUCCAAACAAUUAUAUACCAGAAACACCUCCACCAGGAUACAUCAGUGAGGAUGGGGAGGCUAGUGAUCAACAGAUGAAUCAAAGUAUGGACACAGGUUCUCCAGCAGAACUGUCUCCCAGCACUCUGUCUCCUGUUAAUCAUAGCAUGGACCUGCAACCGGUGACUUACUCAGAGCCGGCCUUCUGGUGCUCGAUAGCCUACUACGAGCUGAACCAGCGUGUUGGGGAAACGUUUCACGCGUCUCAGCCCUCACUGACAGUGGAUGGAUUCACAGAUCCAUCAAAUUCUGAGCGUUUCUGCCUGGGUCUACUGUCUAAUGUCAACAGGAACGCUACUGUGGAGAUGACCAGGAGACACAUAGGAAGAGGAGUUAGGCUUUACUACAUUGGAGGAGAGGUAUUUGCUGAGUGCCUGAGUGAUAGCGCCAUCUUUGUCCAGAGUCCAAACUGCAACCAGCGGUAUGGUUGGCAUCCAGCAACAGUGUGUAAAAUUCCUCCAGGUUGUAAUUUAAAAAUCUUCAACAACCAGGAAUUUGCAGCCCUGCUGGCUCAGUCAGUCAACCAGGGGUUUGAAGCUGUCUACCAGCUCACCAGGAUGUGUACCAUCCGCAUGAGCUUUGUCAAAGGCUGGGGAGCCGAGUACAGACGGCAGACUGUCACAAGCACUCCAUGCUGGAUCGAGCUGCAUUUAAAUGGACCCCUGCAGUGGCUGGACAAGGUUCUGACCCAGAUGGGUUCCCCUUCUGCACGCUGCUCCAGUAUGUCCUAAACAGCUAAGGAAACGCCCAAAAACGCAGCCCAUUACAAAGAUCAUCAAAUUCUUAACUUGUGAGUCCUUUCAUGGAAAAAAUGGAAACCCCACAGAAUUAAUUUUCUGUAACAUACUUCAUAGUAUUUGUGGCCCAGCUCCACAUCCCUCUUUUAACUUUACACACAGAAACACACACCCAUACACGCAUACACUAAAGAACAAAUGCACCUACACUUUUGCACUCACUCACACACACACACAUAGACUUUUCAGUAAACAAUUUGGCACUUUGUUACCCAUCUAUGUCAUGCACCUUGUUAAAUUGCUUUCCCCCAAAUCCUUAAUAUUAGAUCUAUUUGUGGUACAAAUAAAAUGUAUAUUGGUUUUUAGUCCAGGAAGUAGGGGAAAUACCAAAAAUAUCUGUGAAUAGUUUCUCAGUAUUGAAACUUGCUUGUAUGAGUAACACAAGCUUGAAUGCUAAAACGAUUUUGUUCGAGCCCACCCCAACCAUUGUUCUGUCCCUGAGUUUACUUUUUUCUGGGAAACUUGGCCCCAUCUUUUGUCAGAGGGAGUUAGCUCGAUGAAGAAACGAUGGCCUUGGUGGUCAUUCUCCUCUGAGGGGAAGCACCACAAUGUGUUUAUGAAAUUUGGUCUUGGAAUGGACUUCACUCUUUGCCAGUAUGGCCCUUUUGUAAACCCUUGGUGUGUGUCGUUGUAAGACAUACACUUUAAUGGACGAAUAGGAAUGUUAGUUUAAGAAAAAAAGAUAUCAAAAACUUAAACAAACUGCAAACUCAGUCCGGCUGUAGUUAAUUUUGUUGUCAUUAUAUGGCACUCUUUGUGACCUUAGUUUAGUUGAUUUGCAUCCCCACUUCGCAGCCUGGUAUGGAAGCUAAAGAGACAUUUGCCAGGUUUUGCAGGGUGCACUGGGCAGGGACCAGAGAAUAUCAGCUGUUAGUAAGAGCUUUUUUCUCUUUUUGACACGACACUGGGAGUCCUGGGCUCUCCAAGGUGAAGCAUUAGAAGUCUCACCAGGAGAAAUUGAAGGUAUCAAUGAAUUCAUUCUGUUUUUAGCCUAUAUCCCCAUUGUUUUGCUACUUUUUGUAUUCUCAUGUAUUUUUAUAUAUAAAUAUACUUAAAAUUUUCUGUCGUUCACUUUUUAUUAAAGUAAUAUUUUAAAGACCACAGCUGUUUCUAAAGUGAUGUGGAGGGCAUGGAGCAUUCCCUUGUUUAGCCCAGCAGGUUCAGUUUAAAUUCAUUUCCAAUCGCAGCUCUUUGUGUUGGUUUAAGAAGAAGAAAUCACUGCCCCACAUGACGUGUAGCCUCUAUUCUGUACUUUGUUUUUCCAAAGAAAUCUGGUGCAUUUAAAGUACACAAAGCAACUCAUUUGCCUGAAACCCCGAAUCUACUUUCCUGUAAUGCUUUUAAUGAUCCCAGAGGCAUGUAAAACUUGGUAAUGGCCGCUCUUUCAUUCAUCUCUUCACCAUUUUUUGGAGAACACAUGUGACCUCUUAAAGCCUUUCGGUGCUUAGUCAAGCGGGUUAAGGUCAACUUGAUAUAAUUGGCUUUCAAAAUGUUACAGAAACAUGGGAGUGUACCACUUUACUUCCAUGGGAAAAGAGUGAAUGUGCCUGCACACUGGGACAUUCUGUGUUAAUGUGUGUAUUGUAUUUGUUCUGUCUAUAAAAUACAGUAUGUACAACAAGACUUAUUAGCUUAAACUCUGCCAUUCUUGUCAUUAUGUGGCUGUUGCGAGUUUAACAUGUUUCCCCCUCCCUUCUUUUUGAUGUAAAUGUGUUUACCUUAUGGCACUAGUGAUUGUACUCUAAGUGCACCUAGUGAGUUGGAUUUGGGGGACUGAACCAUGUGUUAGGGUCCAGUGUUACAUUGUUUUUAUCUUUGGCCUACAACAUAUGAAUGUGAAAAAAAUACAUUACAAAAACUGACGUGGACCAGACGUACAUAUACAUAACAGUAGUACAGUAUGUGUGUAUUUAACAGUAAUCUUUUUGCAAAGCAGUCAGUACAGUAGAUGUCGCAGUUGUUUUACCAGUAGAGGGCGGUAUUGAUAGAGCAGUUCUUUUAUUUCUGACCAUAAGCUUCUCAGGCGUGUGGCAUAUUAUGCAGACUUCAUAAAACACUAAUAAAGAUUUUUAUUCUCAUGA